UUCAUUUAAAUUCAUAUAAUCAAUAUUUGUCACUUCUGAAAGAAAUAAGCAAAUAUUUUUUCAUAUUCAAUUCACACACUGCAACGAAUAGGCAAAUUUUACAUAAUUUUUCUAAGAUUUUUAACACAACAUAAUUAUAUAACUAAAAUCUAUUGAAGUAUUAGCGGAAGCACACAACCACUCAAAACCAAGAUAUGUUAACAGAACAAGAUUUAGCUGCGUAUUUUUUUAUGAAGCGUACAGAUCGCAAAAGUCUGUACACGCAAAUUAAAGAGCUUGUGAAGACGGCGCAGGAUGUAGCAGAAAAAGAGUUGAAUCAAAGGCGCGAACGGCUGCGCACUAUGCUCGAGCAAGAGGAUAAAAUCUACGAGGAAGAGUUCGCCAACAAAGUAAAGUCGCGCAUUGAUGAAGAUAUACAGCAUCGUAAGGACGCUUUGUUCAAUAUAAAGGAAGAACGCAAUCGGCUGGAGAAAGAGUUCCUGGAGCGCAAAACUAUACAGCAACAAUUUGAGUGCUGCUAUGAAAUUCGCGAGGCGUUGCGCCGCAAAGAAACCCUGCAAACAAAAGAGGUACAAUUGGAGCAAAUAGUGGAAAAAGAACGCGCACAACUACGUGAACGACAGUUAGACGAUUACUGGUGUAAGGUACGCGAUGCACGCACGCAGCGCUAUGAUGAACGGCAGGCAGACGAAACUAAGAAAAAGUGCGAUAACAAGCGCAGCAUGCGUUGCGUUUUGGAGCAGCAAAUGGAAAUGCACAAAAAAGACGAGGAACGCCAACGCGAGUUGAAACGCAAGGAGGCAAUAGAGCUCAAUAAAGUAAUGGAGAAAAUACGGUUGGAAGAUUUCGAUCGCAAGCGUUUGGGCCUGCCGAAAAAGAUGCUUGAUUAUCGCGAAGAGCUAUUGAGCAUAAUUGCCGAAAAUAAGGCGAAACGCGAUGCUGCAGAGUGUGAACGCAUAGAAGAGCAUCGUCAAUUGAUGCGCGAUGUAGCGCUUGAGCAGCAGGAGCAUAGCGCCGCAUUGCUACAACGUAAGCGCGCUGUAUACAAUGCUACAAUGGAGUAUCUCGAUUAUGCGCGACGCAUGUGCAAAUUGGAGGAGGACACACAGGAUAUGCGCGACGCACGUAUUGACGAUUUGAGACAUGUAGAUAUCUGCACCAAGAGUAAUAUACAGAGAGAGCUACAACGCAAAGCGGAGAUAGCAGCGCUCUGUUAUGCUGAAUUACGCCGACAAAUGUGCGAAGAAUAUGAACGACGACUUCGUGACAUACAAGAACAGCGCGAACCGAAAAUAAUCGAAAAUCGUUUUGCGCACCCCGAAAAAACACGCGCCGAUAUAAUGGCGGAGAGGCGUAAGAUGCGCGCUGGCUUAGAUGAACAGCUAAUUGAAAAUGCGCGCAUACAUGCCGAGGAGGAGGCCAAGUACAAUGCGGAUCUUAAGUUGGCUAUUAAUGACCCUGAAUUCUGUACUGAAUUGGCCAAAAAAUAUUUGAGCGCCGGUAUAGACUAUUUGCCGCCACAUGCCAAUUGGCUGAUUUAUGCUUGCCCACAGAAGCAAUUCGUUGUAAAGCGGACCGCGCCAGGCAGUGGUGAUCGCAAAGAAGACCCGGUGGAUAUUUGUUUAAAGCCAUGCGGUUGUAAGGCGCGCACGGGCUUGGAAUGUACACACCACAAUUGGUCGGCGCAUAAGCGUGGCGUGAACGCUGAUAGAAAGCGACAAUUCGAGCUCGAAUCCUGUUGAGCGCGUAACAUUUUGUUUUUUUAUAAUAUUCUUUUUUUAGAAAAUUAUGAAAAACUAAAAAAAUUUGCAGAAAUUGUAUAAAAACAUAAGAAAUGCAUAAAAUAUAUUUUAUAAUUUUAUAAGCAAAACGAAAA